AUGCCGCCAGACAGCGACAAUAUCAUAGUGCAGAUCCCAGAGGCAAGCGGAAACAGCACUAAUACCGCAAUCUAUCUCGAAAAUGAUAUCCAAAUGGGUAUAGAAGAGGACCAGACACCAGCGACCCCAACCCAAACUCAACCUAACCCACCCGAACGACUAGUCCCAAUCAUGAACAAACGACCAGCCCUCUUCUCUCCUGUAUACGACAGAACUGGAAGAAAUCCAUUCCAAAAGAAUGACUCUGACAAACCAACCGCAAAAGAUCCAGAACAGGCAAUCCAAUGGGCUAGAAACCUGAUCCUCCAAGCCUCUAUUAUGACCAACUCAUAUGAAGAGCAAAACAAGCUACUCGAACUACUAGACGUAUUUAGAGACUACACGGAAAAAGGGAGAGUUACAAACCAGAUCUCGGACAAACUAUCUGCCAAGCUCGCCUUCCACUCAGCUACUCUAGCAAACGCUUCAGAAAAAGCAGCAAAGACAUUAAAGAAGGCAACAGCCACAGUAGCUGGUCAAAACAACCAAACAGUAGCAGUAGCAACAACGACAACAAACACAAAUGCUCCCCAAUCAUACGCAACAAUUGCAGCUCAACCAUCAAAGAACGCCACUUGGACGACUGUAGCCCCAAAGAAAAAGCCAACGCCUAAGAAACUAAUUACGCACUACCAAAUAGUUGCAACACUAGAGGAAAACCAAACCAUCAACCCGCUCCAAGCACGAAACAAAAUCAACGAGGCAUUCCAAAAAGCUGGCAUUGCAGGACCUGUUAUCCAACUAGCAGCUCUUAGUAAGAGAAACAAUCUCAUACUUACUACUACAAGCGGAUACUCUGGAGAAUUCCUUCUCCAGCAAUCCAACAUCUGGAUGGAUCUCUUUAACAUCAAACACGCUCAACCACUAGAAUCUUGGACAAAAGUCAUAGUCCACAACGUCCCUACAACCUUUGAAGGAGCAGACACGCUAGAAAUCCUUCAAACUGAAAUCCCUACAUACAACAAAGGACUACAAAUAGUUGGUAACUCCUACUGGCUUACAAAAGACUGGAAGAACAAGCAAAACAGCUCUAUUGUUAUUGCUUUUAAAACAGAAGCUGAAGCAAAGAAACUAGGAGCGAGGAUCAUCAUCCUUGGAGAGAGCCUCCGUACUGAAAAGUAUAGAAGUAUUCCAGCUACUACCCAAUGCGACAACUGCCAAGGCUUUGGCCAUACAAAGCUUAAAUGCCGGAACCAAACAGCAUGCCAGCUAUGUGCGGGGACCCACCCUACAUCGCAGCAUAAAUGCUCCACCUGCACGACAAGUGGGAAGCCUUGUAUCCAUACACUCCCAAAAUGCUCAAACUGCAAAGAACCUCACUUUGCUAAUAGCAGAGACUGUGAAGUCCUCGCAGCUAUAACAAACAAGGAGAACCAAUAUACAACAGAAUGUUAG